AUGGGACGGCGCAAGCUCCCGAUCGAAUUCAUCAAGAAUGACAAGUCGCGCCGGGAGACAUUCAAGAAAAGGCUCAAGGGAUUGAAAGGCAAAGCGGAGCAGCUCGCCACCCUCUGCAAUGCCGAGGUGGGCGUAAUCGUCAUCUGCGAUGGCAAGGUCCAGGAGGCCGGCUUCAGCGGCACUGCAUCACCCUCAGCCGGAAGCGGCAGUGCUGCAGUGGAUUUCAAGACCAUCAUCAGCAAAUACGCCAUGUAUUUCUAUCACGCCUACCACACCAUGGCACUCCAGAGGAUCUUGCAUCCAGACCCUGGCAACAAUCCUGCCCAAGUUGCAAAUGGUGGCGGCGGCGGCGGCGGCGGUGGCCAACUUUUGGAUCUCAACAUGCCCGGAGGAAGCUUGUAUCCCCCAUGCAAGGUACCAAUUGGUAUGGCGAUGGGAAUGAGUGGUGGUGGUGGUGGUGGUAGCAUGGAAACCAUGGCUGGUUUCAAUCACUUUGGGAUGCCCACCACCAUGUUUCCACUCCCGCUGGAUCACAAGUUGCCAGUGACAAAUGCCGAGCAUGAUCACCACGCUCCCGACGAUUCCACGUCCGACUCGAGCAAAUCAUCCAUCGCUACUACAACCGGCGCGCAAGAGCCACACAAUCUCAUGGAUUCCAAGCCCGAGAAUCACCGCUCCAGGAGCCACAACUUCGAGAUCGACCAGCUUGGCUCCCACUACCCGGCUUUUCAUCCUGACUUUAACGUCAGCUGUGGAUUCCCAGGUGGUGGGAGUUACCAGGAGAUGAAUCCCACAGCACCAAACUUUGAUCACAGCUUUGUCAAUGCGAUGAUCACCUCCAGCGCCGCCGGCGGAGCCGCCACCACCACCACCACCACCGCCGGCAACAGUGGAGGAGAUGGCAGCUCUCGCGGAGCAGCUAUCAACAGCCUCUUCUUCGAUGGAGCAUUCCAUUUCAACACACUGGAUGACAUGGAUUUUGACAAGCAUUGGGCCGAUGAUCCAGUUAACCCAGCUGCCGCAAGUAAUCAGUCUUCCAACACUACCACCAUCGCCACCGCCACCGCCACUCCCGAGUAA